AUGUCUACCUCCACGAGUGAAAAUAGUAUUGCGAUAUCGUUCGCGAACGCCAAAUUGACACAAGCGGAUCUCAACAACAACAUCACGAGUCAGAGCUUCUUGUUCACCGACAAUAUUUUGACCGCUUCCUUUAACGUUCUGCAGCGUACACUUGAUUGUCCAGCUCACCAGGUCGCACUGCUCAGCCCCAACGAAGCGCAAUUCUGUUACGCUCUCCGGCAAGCUGAUGUGCACAAUAGUCCGGACUGGGACCAAGACUACGAGUCGCUCAUCGAGACUCUUGCGGAUAAGCACUUCGUCAUACUUCCCAUCAAUGACGGUUCGUUUGGCGGCCACAAUCCACCCAAUCCUGAUGGCGACGCCGACCAAAGGAACGUUGACGCAGAUACAACCGAUGACGGUAUUAAAGGCAAACACUGGACUCUUGUUGUUGCUGAUUGCAGAGGUGCAAUCCUAAAGGCGCGCCACUUCGACUCUUUCUGUACCAAUCCCAACGAUGUCACGCUGAACAGGAUCGUCGCAGAGGGCACAAUGCACGGCUUACGGCAUUUGCUCGAAGCCAGACAUCGGCCGUAUCAAAUACAACACAUUCCAUUUCGUGAACCAUAUACUGGCUACGACUUCCUGCUUUACGUCAAAACCCCACACCAGGUCGGCGACAAAGGGCUUGAUCUGGCUGCUUGUGGACCCUUCGUAUGGGCUCUUGCCAGCUGGUUUGCCGGCCGAUUCUGUGACGGCACGAAUGAGGGACUUGGCAUAUCCGGUUUCGUACGGAGGAAGGGGAAUUUCAAGAAUGGUAACUUCAAAUCUGAGGCUGUGAGGCAGCGCAUAAGGGAGGCUCUUGAAAAGCAUCGAGAUCAGCUCAUCGGCAUUUGGAACACCGCCGAAUUUGAAUUCAUAAGUGCGAUGGAAGGCACGGGGAGUAAUAGAGAGACAGAAGAUACGAUCCAGGCGACGCUUGGUUCGCUAGGCGCAGAUAACUCAUCGUCGAUGGCCAACACUGCUAGUGGAGGGAACGAUGCCAACAACAGACACGGCCAUAACGACGAGGACAAUUUAUUCAACCGUCUGGCAGUAGACCAGAAUGGAUGGUGA